AUGGGAGUCUAUACAACCGAUCACUCAACCUCUGUUCUUCAGACUCACAAUUGGCGCACUGCGUCCAAUUCCACGGCAUACCUUCUCCCACAUAUAACCCCAACCUCCAAGAUUCUCGAUAUCGGCUGCGGUCCUGGCUCAAUUAGCGUUGAUUUCGCCAGCCGUGCACCCCAAGGUCAUGUUACCGGAAUUGAAUAUGUACCCGACCCCCUGGAUCAGGCCCGCGAGCUGGCAUCCUCAAAAGGGGUGACGAACAUUGAAUUCCGAGUGGGGGAUAUCCACUCCCUCGAUUUCCCCGACAACACCUUCGAUAUUGUCCACGUCCAUCAGGUGCUACAGCAUAUUGCAGACCCAGUCAAAGCCUUGCAGGAAAUGCGGCGCGUUGUGAAACCCGGUGGACUCGUCGCAGCACGGGAAUCUUCGGUCAUGACUUGGUAUCCCGAAAACAAGGGCAUUGAGGCAUGGCUUGACAUCACUACACGGAUGGCGAAGGCUAAAGGGGGCAAUCCACAUCCGGGGCGAGUAAUUCAUGUCUGGGCUGAGGAGGCUGAAUUUGAGCAGUCUAAAAUUCAGAAGAGCACGGGCUCGUGGUGCUUUAGUACCCCUGAGGAGAGACAAUACUGGGGUGGAUCGAUGGGAGCAAGAGCGAGGUCCUCUGGGUUUGCGACGACGGCUCUCGAGGAGGGAUUUGCGACGAAGGAGGAAUUAGAAAGCAUCUCCGAGGGAUGGAAGGAGUUUGUGGAUGCGGAGCAGGGCUGGUUCGGAGUGCUGCAUGGUGAGAUUUUGUGCCAAAAGUGA